AUGAACAAGUCGAGAGAUCGCUUCUCUCCCCGCCCCUCUGACACCGCUUGUUAUCCUUCGGCGUCCUCGCCACCCAUGGUAUUCCGGUAUGCCCUUGUGUUUGUCUCUAUUGGAAUGGUGUCGGCCUUUAUAUUGUUGCAAACUGUGGGAUUUCAAGGUCCACCAUACACCACCUGUGAAAAUGAAGUGAUGGCUCCCACGAGUUUAUCUCCCAAAUAUAACAGUCAGGAAGAAAAUCUACUGCGUGAAAUAUUGCGAAAAUUGGAACGUUUGGAGCAACAAGGACAACGGCAACAGUGCCACUUGUCACAGGAAUUCAAGUCACUGCGAGAGUCUCUGGAAACACUGGUCUCCAACAUGCAUCCAAGCGGCAUGCUACCCACAAGACAAACAACCAGAGUAGACCUGGAAGAGGAAGAAACUGUGCCUAGAAGUACUGAAGAUAAGAGCAAGCCAAGUUCUCUGGAGGGAAUAAUUGCUACCCAAGAAGAAAAUGCGGCCUCGGAACAAAUUAGCACAAGCCCAACUCAGCAACUAACAGCAGAAGACACGGUGACAGCUACUGCACAACAAUCUGCACAAGAAGAGAGUGGAACAUCCCAACACACUGUUCUUCAAAAAAUUGGGGGUUCCUUUGAGCCAAAUACCUUUUAUCCACAAUUGACCUUGCAAGAUUACACAGAACUACCCCACCAUCGCCCCAGUGCCGGUUGGCUGCAGGGUUGCGCCAGUGCAAUUGCCAAGGACGAAUCCAUCAUGAAGCCAUUCCCCACAAAACGGAUCAAUUAUGCCUUGGGAGAUUGCAUCAAAUUCUGCAAUACCAGGUGUUCCGCUCCUCAAGGGCACAAAAAUCACACCGCCACCGACGUGGGCGAACCGUUCAACGCCACCAUGGCGGGAUAUUACGGUCACUUACACUGUCGAUCCGAUGGCAACAAUCCCAAUGAUGGUUCUGCAUUCAAUGCGACAGCUGCCACGGCUGCCAUCAUUGACAUGUUUCAAAUAUUUGGAUCCCGUCCAGGAUUUCGCAAACCAGAUACAGACGCUCUGGUCGUUCAUUUGCGAUUGGGGGAUGUCAUGGAAAACAAAAAACGACGAAAACGAGAUCAAGAACCAGUAGAGUUUUUGAGACCCGACAAGCUGUUGAAACAUGGUGGUUCUGCGAAACACAAUGGGUUCAAAAUGUUUCACACCAUUUUUUCCGUACACGAGUAUUUGGAUGCCAUUGACACGACCAAUGCCACCAAGGUAGUUCUCGUGGGGGGGUCUCACCUUCCAGACAUGUACAAGAACAGUCGAGUGUAUGCCACCUGCUUGUCUAGAGCUCUGGCCAUGGCAGGGAAACAGGUAGAAUUGCAAACGGAUAGUGGUGACGCGGAUCAGGAUUUUUACUUUAUGAGUCAUGCAAAGCUCUUUAUGAGAUCCACGGGUGGAUACUCGCGCCUUAUUGCCACCAUGGUAGCCAUGAUGGGAGGGCAGGUGAUGGAUUGGGACAGCAUGAUUGGAAAAACAACAAGGACAUGAGCAUUGGUUCUACCAUUACAUAUGUCUCGGAAUUUUGGACUCUGAAUGGUUCUGGCUGCUUUCGAUGUUGAGAUAUUGCUGGCAGCCUUUGAAUUCUGUUCCGUCACCGUUCCAUUGGCGUACGGCAGUUGCGCCUUCUCUUGGUGGAAGCAGGAAGCCCUGUUUUGCCUGAAAAGAGCUCCACACUGAGCCGGGCUGGGCUGGCCGGUGUUUCGUCCUUUCUUUUGCCUAUCAUGGCUAGAGGAUUUGAAAGUGACCACAUCCUUCACAUGACUGAAGAAGCCUCCUUGGAUCGCUUUCUUUUCUGAUUGUUCUGUUCAGUGUCCUAAGAACAGUCUACUAGUAAGAUGCUUCGUUCUGAAUGAAUCAAAAGUGUCGAGACACAGUAGGCACGGAGUAGACAAGAGGUAAUGUUCAAUUAAUAAUUCAAGUAAUCUAAACAAUGCAAACGCGU